AUGGGAGUCAUGUUUAAAGAAGAUGUAACAAACAGGAGCCAGCAACCUGGUGUUUUCAGAAUUAAUUAUAACUAUGGUGCCAAAGAUUCACCUCUGUUUGAUCUUAUCAAGCAGUCAAAAGAACGAGAAGGUCAGACCGAUCAACCUGAGCCCACUUCCACCCUAAAUCUGCCUCUCCAACAUAACCACACUGCAGCAGAUCUGUAUCUUUCUCCUGUGAGAUCUCCUAAGAAGAAAGCAUCUGGACACCCUCAAAGCAGUACUUCUAAUCCAGAUGCUCAGCCAUCUGCGACCUCACAAACACAGAAGCCACAGAAAUCUACCUCCCUCUCUCUGUUCUACAAAAAAGUGUUUCGAUUGGCCUAUCUUCGAUUGCAUACCCUGUUCUUUCGGCUUCUCUCUGAACAUCCUGACCUGGAACCAUUGAUCUGGACCCUUUUCCAGCACACACUGCAAAAUGAGUAUGAGCUUAUGAGAGACAGGCACUUGGACCAGAUCAUGAUGUGUUCCAUGUAUGGCAUAUGCAAAGUAAAGAAUGUGGAUCUUAGAUUUAAAACAAUAGUUUCUGCAUACAAAGAGCUGCCCAAUACAAAUCAAGAGACUUUCAAACGUGUUCUUAUCAGAGAAGAGCAGUACGACUCCAUUAUAGUCUUCUACAACUUAGUGUUCAUGCAGAAACUGAAGACAAACAUCCUACAGUAUGCCUCCAACAGGCCUCCUACGCUGUCACCUAUCCCACACAUUCCUCGCAGCCCCUACCAGUUUUCCAAUUCUCCUCGGCGUGUCCCUGCAGGCAAUAACAUCUACAUCUCACCCUUGAAGAGCCCUUACAAAUUCUCUGAUGGGUUUCAGUCUCCCACAAAGAUGACUCCGAGGUCCAGAAUUCUGGUGUCAAUUGGUGAAACGUUUGGGACUUCUGAAAAGUUUCAAAAAAUAAACCAGAUGGUGUGCAACAGCGAGAGCCACGUAAAGCGCAGUGCAGAGCCCAGCGAUGCCCCUAAGCCACUGAAGAGGCUGCGCUUCGAUAUAGAAGGGCAAGAUGAGGCAGAUGGAGGCAAACACCUGCCCCAGGAGUCCAAGUUCCAACAAAAGCUUGCAGAAAUGACAUCUACUCGAACAAGAAUGCAGAAGCAGAAACUGAACGAUGGAAACGAUACCUCAGCCAAUGAAGAAAAGUGAGAUUCUCCUCAGGACCAGGGGCUGCUGCAGGCCCUCCCAGCUUUUGUUUUACUGCCUUCAUUCAUUGAGUUGCUUUUUCAGUCGCUUUUAUCUCAAACCGAUAGUUGAAAACCUUUGGACUUCUUUAUUUUUUUCAAGGUUUUUCAUGAUACUUUGCCUUAUGAUGUAGCAUGUAUGCGAUGUAAGCCACUGAAUUUAAUUUAUAUAUUUUCAGAGGAUUUUAAAAACCAGCUUGGAAAGUGUCUUAGUUUGCUAUUGCAGCGUUACGGAUUGAAGCCAGUUCAGUCUACCUGGAUUGAAUUUUUUCUGUCUCAAGACAAAAUGUUAGCUAGGGAUCUGAAGUGCACUAAUUUUACUUCUUAAAUUUCAUUUUAAUGUCGGAUCUCAAAGCAUUAUUUGCAAAUAUUGAAAAUUAGGGGUCAGACCGCAAGGAUUUCUGUCUCUGUGUGUAAACACAUCCAAGUCCCAUUAACUUAAGCUGCACAGCAGCAGUGGAGGGUCAGGGUCUCCUUGGAGAGGCAGGAAGCAGUGAACACAUCGUGUUAGCACUACUACUGAAAGCAGUGAGCUGUGCUGUACCUCAGGUACGUCCCAUUCUGCAGUUCCCCAGCUCUCACCCCACACAAUUCAGAGGCCCAGCUUCAAUUUCAUUGAAUCUCACAGAGAUUGAAUCCCACGAAGCAAAAAGGUGCAUUCCCAAAUGCAAAGUACCACGUUGUGCACUUUCAUAUCUUGGAAAAGCUUGAUUUAAAAAAAAACAAACUAUAAGUAGAACACCCCCAACCUACGUCACACCUCACACACAGAAGAUGGCAGAGAUCUCACGACGUAGGAUUCUCUUGCACCUCACAGCACAGAGCUGUGGGCCUGAGGCGGUGCCUUACCCAAAAGGCAGAGCUCAACAGGCAACUUGGGAACAAAUGUUUUUAAGUGUAUUUAUAAGUUAUGGAUUCAGAUAGUGGAUUUUUUUUUUUUCUUGCAGUGAUAAAAGAUCUGCAGAAUAGCCAGCUAAGAGAAAAGGAUGUUUUAUUUCUAGAGAACUAAAUACAAUAAAUGAGUUGCCACUUUUUUUAAAUGACCCAUUUGAAUGAAAUCUAGCUCUUAGCAGCUGCUUAAAUUGAAAGAUAGGGUAGCAAAGCAUGCUGCUCAUCACACAAUAACACUUCUCUGCAUAGAAGGUGUUUAGAAAUGGUGUAGUGAACCUAAAAUGCCUACAGUAGUGCCUGCUGAAGACCAGUUGUGGUGUUGACCAAAAGCUGAACCCGGAGCCAGAGAAACCUCCACAAAUGACACACUGAUUGGUCACUGAAUUGUAAAAUGAAACCGAAUUAUUUUUUAUUCUCAGCACAGCUUCAACUUUCGUCCUGAAGAAUGUACAGAAGUGUUAAGAGUACAUUACGUUUAUUUUUUCACUUACCAGAGUUUUACAGACGGGAUGUGUGUUACACUGGGGCUCACUGGUCACAAGCUCUAUUACAGCAGCUGAAGUUCUUCAGUGAUCCUCGGGUGAGAGCGCUGCAGGCACGACAUGACAGAGCCCCACACCUAACAGAUCUCCUAGUGCUUGACUGUGACACUGUGUGUGUUUGUUCCAACAGAUUGAAGGCUUUACAUCAAAUGUAUGGCAAUAUUUUAUACAACUCAUCCGUUUAUCUUCUUUCAAGAUGAAAUAAAAUAGCUUUUAAAAGAUC